CCCCCCUUUUUUUAGUUACAAAAAUGGGCAUUAUAAGAUAACAAAAUUGAAGAGCUAUCAUACGCGCGGGGCAUAUGCAUAAACGCGUAUACACGAAUAGGCCUACAUGCACCCUAUGUGCUGUACGAGUAUGCGUACUAUAGCAGAGUGGAUAUCCCACUUCCCCACCGCGGCGACUUUGAAACGGUCCGGGUGGAACGAAAAGAAGUGCCACUGCCGAGAAAAGGGCAUUUCUUCACGCGUUACGCAUUUGUGCUAAAGUAAGGUAGUCGCCUCGAACGGCGCUUCGAACAACUGGGCAGACAUUUUCUUCCCAGCCCAUUUGGCUGCAACUAGAGGACCACGUGCAAAUAUGAACGAAAAGGAGCAAAAGAGACACGCCAAAAUUGUAGAAAGCGUAAAGUACACGCAAAAUGAAAAUAUCCUUUUGGAAAAUUUAAAUGCAAUUUGUCAAAAUGAAGGAAAAAGACAAGACAGCCACGUAGUGAUACAACUUAUCGACAUAUUCUUAGAGGAAAAUAAUUACUCGUACAAUGAAAAUGUUUUGUUUAAUUAUAACCUUUUGAAAAGGAACAAGGAGUUACAUUUAAACGCGGAAAGGAAAAAUAAAUCGAAAUUUAGCAAACAGUAUAAAAUAUGUGUGAAGAAUAAAAACAUCGAAAAGGUGAAUGAAGAAGAUGCUUACUAUUUUGCGUUGAGGAAGAAAAAUCUGUGUACCUUUAGUCGCGAAUUUGUAAAUGCCAAAAAAAUUAUUUUUCAGUUCAUCUGCAACAGUGUGUUGAAGGGAUGUGUACAUAUAAAUUAUUUAGUUGAUAAAAUUUACGUAGAUUUUCAAAUUAAGAGCAGCAAAAAUGGGGUUACUCCACAGAGUGGGAAUUAUGCCAAACAUCUAAUUUGUAAUGACGAUUUGGUGAACAUCCUGAUCGAAACGAUCUUCACCCUUUUUGUAAGAAGCCUACAUGAGGAGCAUGGCGAGUCCGAUGAUCUGGAAGAAGAAAAAAAAAAAAAAAAAAAAAACUUUCUUCAUAGCCAUAGUGAUAUUCAAAAAAGCUACCUGAUGCAUUCGAAGGAGCAGAAGGUCAAGGAUGAAGCUCACGACGUGGACGAUAAGAACAUCAAUUUGGUGAACAUUUUAAAAAAACUAAUCACCAUUGAUAAAAGUUUUGUCAAAAAUGUGUUUUAUAUUUUUUUGAAGAAUGUAGAAAAGGACAGCUUUGAAAAGGCGCCCAUAAAUGAAGCCGAACUGUACGCACGCCUUGCGAAUAUGUUUAAAGAAAUUAUUGCCUACUGCGAUGAAUUUGAAAUAGGCACUGUGUACCACAUACUGCUGAAUAACGAGAUGGUACGGAGGAACCGGGCCCUCCGCACGUACGUCGUGGGGCUGUGCAUCCUGAACCUGCGCAAUGUGUAUAACGCGUACAACCUGGAGCUCUGCAUGGGCAUCGUUUGCGGGAAGCUGCGCUUGGAGGAAGCGGGCGGUGAAGAAGCGAGCGGUGAGGAAACAGACGGUGAAGAAGCGGAUGGUGAAGAAGAAGACGGUGAAGAAGCGGGUGGUGAAGAAGAAGACGGCGCCGUACCCAGCGACGAAACCUCCUGUGAUGAACUGCCGGACGAAGAAAGGACGAAGCACCUGGUCCUGUUUCUCCUCAUAUUUGCCCUCAAAAUAUACGACAUCAGUUACCUUAACGGGUGCGUGCAGGAGCCGCUGCAGAGGUUUCUGCGAUUGCUAAGGCGAAAUGUGCUUUCCUUAAAGGACAUAUUUCACCACGUGUUAAAAACGAUCCUAUUUUUUCUCAUUCUGGUGUUUCACAAUUUAAACAUUGACAAGAAUGAAGCGGUGAUGUACAUUUUGGAAUGUUUAGAUAUACUGCUUGAGGUUUAUUACCCUAAUGGGGUGUUCCUCGGGGGGAGCGAUGCGCCGUCUAACAUACUAGGUGAAGGCACUACGAAGGAGGGGGGUAAUGAGGACGCCCAUAAGGCGUGUGAAGAGCAUAACUCGGUUGGAGGUGCAAAUGAUAGGGACCCAUUCUGCUGUGAAGCGGAGGGGAUAACAAAAUCGAAGCGAGGUGAAAGAGAAGCUUAUACUAAUAUGAGCGAAGUGGAGGGAAGUGGCCUGAAGGAUGACAGUUCAAUCCGCUCCAAGUGGACCCCCCACCAGAUGAACCUUUUCCAAUUUAACGUCUCUCCGUUGCUCCUAUGUUUAACGAUUCCUAUUCACCUUGAGUACAACCUUAACCAGAAGAGCGAAGAAAAUUCGAACGGGGUCAAUCGAAGAGUUAUGGAGACCUCGAGGAGGCUGAAAGGUAAGUGGGUUACGUUCUUCACAAAUUAUAAUAACCACUUUUUGGGCUACUUACGGAGGAGAGACAUGGGGAUGGCCCUCCAUUUUGACGAUGGUGUUAGCGGACGAACCCCCUCAACACUGUUCCACGGAACGAAGUGGAGGGGGGGAAACCACCUCAGCAUAAUGGAAAACAUAAUGGAGGAGGUGAACUACCUCACCAGUGAAGCAAACAAUUUAACAAAAGAAGACGUUUUGGAAGUCCUCUGUGUAAAUAACAUUUUAUUUUAUCUGCACGAGGUGUACGUCCACAUCGAUCUGAUUUAUCUGAAGCGCUUCUUCCAAAUGUGCGAAAAUGAUAAGCAAACAUUUCGAUGCCUAGAUGUGGUGCGCGCAAACCGAGAGUUGCUUGUGCUCUCCAAAAUGAACACAAAAUUGUGCAUUAACACUUUUGAAAAUUUGAAAAGUGAAAAAAUAUCGAAAGUGAAUUUUGUGUACAUCAAUUUGUUGAUGCUGUCCCUGUUUGAGGCCAAUUUGUUUUACGUUUUUAAAUUUAUGUCUCAUUACUGUUUGAUAAAUUCGUUUGACUUGUUGAGGUUUAUUCCUGCUUUGCUUUUUGUGUAUAAGAUGUCUUUCUCGAGUUGCGCAGCUCAGGGGGGGGGCUCUUCCCCCCCAGGUGGGUCUGCUCCCUAUGGCGAGUGUCCCCCUGGUGAGUCUUCUCCCCGGCAUGCGUUUGUGCUGAGGAGCCUCAUCCUGCACGUGCUGACCAAAAUCGGAUGCAGCGAUAGGAACAUCCCAGUUGUCUAUAACUGCAUUUCUAUUUUGCUGAACAGUGGGAGUGCCCAAGAGGGGGGGGAGGAAGGCUUGUCAGUGGGCCCCGCUGAGAGGUUAGCUCGCCCCACCGACGAUGGGGUAGAAGCAGAUGUACAGAAGGGAGGACAAAGGAGAGGACACUACAAUGGUAAAAUGGAGGGGAGCCUUUCGGACCAAAUUCUGUUCAACAAGUUGUACUUCCUACACUGCUACGACAAAUUAGUGGACGUGAACGAAAAUAUAAUCAGCAAAUAUUUCAAGUAUGUGGAGGGUACCUUCGAAUUGGCUAGCCACACUAGGAAGGAUGGCUUCGAUGUGGAGAAGAAACAGAUCAUCCGGAAGAGCAGCAAGGGGGGGAAGCCCCCCCCAAACGAACCACAUCAGAAGGAUAGUAGUAACAAGGGGAUCACCAUCGACUGCAUGACGGAGGAAGAUGUGGGCGUCCUUUUUGACUUAAAAAAUGUGCUCAUCCUGCUGAAGCUGUGCAGAUUUUACAACGUUAGCAAUUAUAUCAACAGCAUCAUAAAGAUGAUAAACUCCUUUUUUAAAAAAUACAAAAGUGGGAGUUCGCUUCAGGGGUAUGUUGGCAAGCUCCAAAAUGGCAUUAUCAAAAUGAGCAUACUAAUUUUGGUGAUCCUCUCGAUGAAGAAGUACAUAGAGUUUGAAAUUAUUUACAAUUUGCUGAAGAAGAACUUUUUGAAGAGCGCGGUGGGCAGUGGAGGGAACGGCGGGGCAGACAUCAUCUGCUCCGUCAUCUCCUUCACGAGGCACUACAUCAGGCACAUGAUUUAUGACAAGGAGAAGCUGUGCGCCGAGCAGUAUGAUAUUCUCUACCAUACGAAGCUGAAAUAUAUUUUUAAGGACUUUUACAAAUUGCUCGGCGUGAACAAUGAGGGUGUCUUGGCCGAGAUUGUCAACGUCAUGUCGGUGGUUUACCCGGUGUACCACCAGCAUUUUGAUGUGAACGCACAGGGGGGUAGUGGCGGCGUCGGUGGAAGCAUCAGUGGCAGCGUCGGUGGGGCUUUAUUCGAACCAGGGGAAGGCGGGCCAGAGGAUGAGGCCCAGUAUAUAGCCCAUACAAUUAGCAGCAGCGGCGGCGCCAUGUAUAGUGGCAACCCCGGGGUGUGCGAACUGAACGUGCAAGAGAAAAAGAACCUGCUGAGUCUCUUCUUCGACAAGAACUUCGUGCACGAAUCUUUUGUGAAAAGCGGGUCGCAGCAAAAUAUUUAUGAGAACAUACAGAAGGCCAUUUUGAAGGACGAAAUGGACAACCUGUCCCUGUACAAUUUGAGGAAUGAAAAUAGCAGCAAUAGCAACCACCUGGUGAGGGUCCUCUACAAGCUAUUCAACUCAAACAUUAAAAAUGACAAAAUUUCUAAUUUUAAUUAUUAUGUGAAGUUACUUCUCACCGAUAAGUUUCAACACCUCGGGGAGAUCAUUUCCAUUUUGAAGAACUUGCCCUUUUUUCACGUCCACUACGUUUCUUUCUUUUUCUACGUGGUGAAUUGCUUCUUCGAGAAGAUGCGAAGGAAGUUUGACGCUGGGGAAGAGUUCAUUCUGCACGUACAGGGGAGAGCGGCUGAAGAGGAGGUCCCAAAACAGGACAGAUUUAGUGAAAAAUCGAAGGGGGGUGCCACCCCUCCGGAGGCAGCCAAAAAAAGAGUCACAUACGAACUUAUCUGCAACAGGAUGUACGAAGAAAUAAAGCAAAUCAUAAGCGAGGAUAACCUGAACGUGUAUGUGUUUUACCCCGUAUUGAGUAUCCUGUGCAAGCACAACAAUGACAUUAACGAGAUUUUAAAUUUCUUCUACGAGCGAAUUGACUCGUAUGUUAAGGACAACGAUAGCAAGUUGCAGGGCAACAAGAACGAAGUUGUUUUGAUUUUUCUUUGCCUAAAUUAUAUUCACACGAGCGUUUCUCAGGUUCCAAACUUUUAUUCGUUUCUUACGAACCUGUUGGGUGAAGUGGCCGACCGCAAAGUGAGGAACGUUCUCCUGCUGUGCCUGAGUUCCUGCUGCUACUACACCAAUUUGAGCGGCGUGGAAAUUUCGACGAUUCUGGCUCUGCAUAGGAGCGUCUUGAGCAGUGGCGACGGGAUCAACUUGGCUCACCCCUCCGUGGGCGCCAAAAAUGGGGACAAUGACAGUGGCAGCGGCAGUGGCAGUGACAUGGUCAGGGAUAAUGCGCAACACGCCGCUGACGAAAUGGAACCGCGCGACGACGAUGAGAACAACCUGCAUUUCUUCCUCUCCCUCGGGAACCUCUGCUUCUACCUGUACAAGCACUACAACAGCUACACGUUCGACGAGACGGUCAAAGGGUUUUACGACGCUUUGGUGAAGUCGCUACAGAGAAGAGUCGAUAACGCGAUUGUCCCCCUGGCGAACGUUAUGAUGUACCUUUACAUAAAAAAAGUGAUCGACGUGCACGAAAUGAUGAGCACCUUCAAAAUGGUGGUGAUCAGUCUGCGGAGCGGCCUCGUGUACGAUUCGAAGUACGUCGUUUAUGGUCUCUGCUCCCUCUACCGCGUCUUAACUUUUUAUUACAAGAAAAAUUUUGACUUCUUUGUGUGUGAAGAGAGUCCCUUGGGGGGGGAGACACGUAACGAUUUAGACGUCAAGGGAGAUGGGUGUGGCACAAACCAAAGUGAAGGGCUCAAAGAAACGAUGCAGUGCCUAUCGCGUAGGAUGCACGAAAUGAUUGUAUGCUACUUUGAAGAAUUGGACGAUAAGAACGUGAGCCUCAUUUCGUAUUGCAAUUUGAUUGGGAUAAGAAGCCUGGGCGUGGAGAGCAUUUCGGCCGACUACUUCCAUUCGAACGAAUGCUCCAAUAUGACCAUUUUGUUUAUGAACAGAUUUAUAAAAAAAGAUUUCGAAAUUAAAAAGUGCGUAAGUGCAACGAAUAACAUUUUGGCCUGCACGGAAUCGGAGGACGAAGGGGAGACCAUCCACGGCGGGGGUAGUUCCACGUGGAGGAGGAAAAAUGUGAGAAGUGGUGGUGUGGGAAAAGAAACCAGCACUUGUGCAGAACAAGACGCCAGUUUGUUCCUUUAUCGAAAUGAUAACUACAAACUGAAUAGCGACAUUAUAGUGAACGACCACGGCACCAUUUUGACGCUGAUUUAUCUGUUCUGCUAUAAGUACUAUGAAGAGGUAGAUAGAUCCCUCAUUAGGGUGGACAAUUUGGAGAAAAAAAAUAUGCUCUACCACGUCUAUGCGAACUUGCUGAGGGUGGAAAAUUACAUAAAGGGGUUUUUAAAAGGGGGGAACUUCCUCGACAUUGACGCAAACUCUUUUGAGAAAGAUAAAGAGUAUGAACAAGUUAAGUUGCAUAUGACGUGCCAGAUGGAGGGGGGAGAUGUGGAGUCCCUACACCUGUUUGGAACGGAACUGUUUGACCAUUUGGGAAGCUUCCUAAAAACGAUGAAGCUCAUAAAUUAUGUAAAGUUAGACGUCCAGAUAAAGGACGCCGUGCUAAACAUAUACUCCUAUGUAACCAAAAUGAUAAAAAUCUUUUACAUCUUCCUCCAAGUGAUGAUUGAAAAGGUUACGCAAAAUGUAAGCGAUAACAUGAAAAGGUAUUACGCAGUUUAUGAGGAGUUCAUAAGAAGGGUGCAAAUUUUAUACGAAUGUAGAGUCAGCGUAUUUGAAUUUUUCUCCCUUUUUAGCUGCUUUAACAAUUCCUAUGGCCACAUUUUCUGCAACUUCAGCAACUACUUCGAGGGGUUUAGCACUUAUGAGAAGUAUAUGUUCGUUAAGUGCAUUACCAAUUUUAAGCGAAUCAAAAAGGAAGAAAUUAAGUUUGUCUAUUUGAAUGUUUUAAAAGGGGCGAAGUUGUUUCAUGAGGACUCUUCUUUGUGGAUCUACGCCAUUUCGAUACUUAACAUUUUGCUCAAAAGGAUUUACAAAAGUGCCAGGGGAAGGGGGAAAGUCGAGGGGGACGCGGAGAAGAGUUACUAUGACUUGGGCUCCUACGUCAAAUUUGCCUUCGUCGCCGUUUUUAACGAGACGGUGUUGGCUCGCUUCAGGGACAGCUACUACGGUCACCACUCUGUGUAUCAGCGCCCGGGCGAACAGUACGAAAAUUACAACUGCUGCAACUACCACUGCCAUACGGGGGGGGUUGCAGAAAAUGGCGAUAGCUCGCCCAACUGUGACAAAUGGAAAGAUCGACUUCGUUGCGAAGACCCCACGGGGAGAAGCACACGGGGGGGAAGACACACCAGUGCCACCUGUCCGAAGAACCCCCCGUACGUGGACGUCCCCUUCAACGUCAUGCUGUGCAUAGCCGACUUCCUCGCCCACCUCUGCAAAAUAAUCAUCAAAGAAAAGCUAGACGAAGAAAUAGACGUGGAUGAACUUUUGAAAAAUUUCCCCGUCCUCAUUCAGGGGUACGUCAUGCUAAAAUUGAGGGUAUCCUUCAAAAGGUUAAAUUUGAUUAAAAAUAAAAUCCUGUUUUAUGAACCGAAGGGCCAUUUUACAUUUAAGGAGAGGCUACAGGACUUCUACUGUGCCCAGGAGAAACUCCGAAAUGGGGAAAGAACCAUCUCGUUAACAUUAGAUGAUGAGAAACUCUUCCACUUUUUCCACCACCUUUUUUGGGUAAAGGAGUGCAUCUCCUUAGCGUACAUAUAUAGUCACUUUGCAGAGAAGCAGAAGAUCCUGGACGGCCUGCUGCAAAUGUGUAGUGUGUCUCAGGUUAACAAGGACUACCUCUACGUUGUGGUUACUUCCUUUGUUCUGUUUUGCAUGAAGUGCAAGAACAGUUCCUUCCUCUUGAAUAAUUUCAUGUACAAUUUUGGCCCCCUCAGCGAGGUGAGCGGCUUAUUGGGGGAGUUUUUAUCCGAGGGGGAGGGCGUGCCCUUUCCGUUUUGGGGCGGCGAGGCCAAGCGGGAGGACCUGCCCAGUGAGCGUGGCGAGCAUAACGAUCAUGGUGAGCAUAUCGAGCAUGGCGAGCACAGCAGGUUGGUUUCAAUCGCGUUGGAUUCCGGCGGGUUACAUUCUACCAAAUUGUACCCACAUGGUGACCGCUCUACGAAUAGUCACACCAGUAAGGGCAUCCCUGGGAACGGCACCACCAAGGGGGGAAGCACCCCCCCGAAGGAUGUCGAACUUGCGAAAAUUCUUUUCAUCAUCGAGGAAGAAUUCGUAAGGACGAAAAUGAGAAAUUCGUUUCGAAAGAGCACACACACACAGCGGACGGAAGACAACAACCUGCUACAUGAAUUAUUUUUAAAAAAAGAUAUGUUCUUUUUAAAAAAAUUGGGAAUAUUUUACAUGAUAAAAAAUAAUGAACAAAGAACAAAGUUGCGGGGAAGCUACAACAAAUUGAUUUCGCUUUUUUGCAAAAAAGAAAAACAAAAUUUGUUUAUCAAACCGGGAAAUAUACGCAGGGGUGGAAAUGAUGCGGAUGACAUUGCCACGGGGGGAUAUACCCAAGACUUUGUAGAUAACUCCUACAUGAACGUGACCUUUUUUAACUCCAAUGUGGAGGAGAAUGCCUUCAUUUCGGGGGAGCGCGAAAUCUUCACCAAAUAUUUGAGCGUCCCUCUAUGUAUGAAAGAUGUUUUUACCUUUUUCGAAUUGAAUUUGAAUAAAAAUAUUUUGACUAGUAGUUACAACGAACUGUUUGGUGAGCGGACUACCCGCGAUGGGAAGAAAACGGACGGCGCGAAGGAGUCGGACAGUGAUGAGGCGAACGUGGACGACUCCAGGGGGGGUAAGAACAGGCACGAUGACGAUGCGCCCCCAUUUUCAGACCUAUCAGAUGAUGACGAAGACGAGAAGGAUGGCGAUAGCCUUAAGCAUAACAACAACCAUAACUACAACCACAACGAUGGUGGGCAGAGCAACGAUAUGGAAAAAGCCUCAUUUAUGGAAAAGCAACGGAAAAAAAAAAAAAUUUUACUCUACGAUAGCACGCUGCUGAACUAUCUGAGCAGCAAAUAUUAUUCCGUUAGCAAUUACGAACUGUACAUAGUCCAUAUGGGGUUUAUCGGAGAGGAUGUUCGGGAGGCGUUGUUUGAGGGAAGCGCCACCUCCAACGGCGGUAACAAUCACCUUCGCAGAAAGAAGCUGACAGAUAGGCUCGCUAGGCAGUUCGCCCUCCUGCAGACCUUUUUUAAAAAUUUAAGUUUCUUCUUCAUGACCUUCCCCAAGGGGAUCGUUUUAAACAGCUCGGAGUACUUCUUCCCCGACAACAAAAGCCAUUUCGUACAGAAGGUGAUAAGCUUCUUGUGGCAGGAGUACGUCAGCAAGUAUGGGUGACGGCGGGGGGGUUCUCCUGGUUGCGCGCAGAGCAGGGGGCCACCACGUGCACGCGUAUAUACAUAUGUGCAUAUAUCGAUACGUACACAAGCGCAUAUAUUCAUAUGUACAUAUAUUCAUAUGCAUAUAUAUGUGGAGCUCCCAUCUCUGGGCUGCGCCCUUUUGUGGAGUGCCACCCCAUGGGCCGAACUUUUCCCACCGACGCGGAAAAUACCACUCUUCCGCAAAAGGGUGCGCAAAAAGUGCGGGUGAUAGGGUGAUGGGGUGGUGUAGUGAUGGGG